CAAUUUUGAUAAGCAAAAGAUGGCCGAGAACUGAUCCGUGUUCCGCCAAUCAACUUACAUCUACAAUUUUCUAUAUAAAGCUUUAUAAUUUUAGUAAAUUCUAGUCUCUGCUUAUUAGUGCUUUCCUUGUGAGUAGAUACUAGGCUGUGACUCAUAUAUUGAAUGUUGUGAAAUAAAUGAGGAAAAUGAUGGCAUCAUUGGGAGAACAUUUUGGCCUAAAAUGGGAUCCGAAAAACUUAGAAAUAAGAACAAUGUCGGUUGAAAAGACUCUGGAACCUUUAGUGCUUCAAGUAACAACUUUAGUUAACACUAAUGGACCGUCGAAAAAGAAAAAAGGAAAGUCGAAAAGGGCUAGUGCUUUGGUACAGACUGUUGAGAAAGCUACUGAGAACUUUAUAGAAAAAGGUGAACAAAUUGCUUAUGAGAAUCCUGACAUUACUCAGGAAAUGCUGGCCGCAGUAGACGAAGUAAAGAAAACGGGGAUACAGAUGAGCAGAGAUGCUAGAGAAUUUUCAGAAGAUCCCUGUUCAUCUCUAAAACGCAGUAAUAUGGUUCGAGCAGCAAGAAAUCUUUUGUCAGCUGUAACGCGCCUAUUAAUCCUUGCUGACAUGGUCGACGUACAUCUUUUGCUCAAAUCUUUACACGUAGUAGAAAAUGAUCUAGAGAAACUUAAAAUGGCUUCUAGCAAUGACGAGUUGGUAAAUAACAUAGAAAUAUUUAGGCAGAACGCUAAUGAAUUAAUGAGUCAAGCUGCUAAAAGGCAACAAGAGCUUAAAGACCCUCAAUUAAGAGAUGAUUUGGCUGCGGCCAGAGCUGUUUUGAAAAAACACUCUACUAUGUUGCUCACAGCUUCCAAAGUAUAUGUUCGACAUCCAGAAUUAGCUGCUGCCAAGGCUAAUAGGGAUUAUGUUUUAAAACAGGUAUGCGAGGCUGUCAAUACAAUUAAUGAUGUAGCCCAAGGCAGAACACCGCCAGUGGGUGGGCCUUUUGAUGGGCCUGGCGAGCUGGCUGCGGCACUCGAUGAUUUUGAUGAACAUAUUGUUAUUGAACCUCUUACUUAUAAUGAGGUACAUACUAGACCUUCUUUAGAAGAACGUCUUGAAAGCAUAAUAAGUGGAGCUGCUUUAAUGGCUGAUUCCAGUUGCACAAGAGAUGAUAGGAGAGAACGAAUUGUUGCUGAAUGCAACGCCGUACGUCAAGCUCUUCAGGAUCUUUUAUCUGAAUACAUGUCUAACAUGGGAAAUAAGGAUAAAACCGAAAGUCUUGGAAAGGCUAUCGAUACAAUGAAGUGUAAAACAAAGGAUUUACGACGUCAGCUCAGGAAAGCCGUUGUUGACCAUAUUUCUGACAGCUUUAUGGAAACAAGUAUUCCACUUUUAAUAUUAAUUAAAGCUGCUCAAAGCGGUGAUGAAAAGCAAGUUGAAGAAUAUGCGGCAGUGUUCACGGAACAUUCUAAUAAAUUAGUCGAGGUAGCUAAUUUGGUUUGCUCUAUGUCAAGCCAAGAGGAUGGUGUAAAAAUGGUACGUUACGCUGCUGCGCAAAUUGAUAGUUUAUGUCCAGAGGUCAUUAAUGCUGCGAGGAUUCUGGCAGCCCGUUCGCGCAGUAAAGUUGCCCAAGAAAAUAUGGACGCUUUUAGGAUUUCUUGGGAAAAUCAGGUUCGCAUAUUAACAGAUGCCAUUGACGAUAUUACUACAGUAGACGACUUCUUAGCAGUAUCAGAAAAUCAUAUUCUGGAGGAUGUGAACAAAUGUGUACUGGCUUUGCAAGAAAAUGAAGCGGAUUCUCUUGAACGCACUGCCGCAGCUAUCAGAGGUCGUACUGGGCGAAUUGGUAUCGUUGUUGCCGCUGAAAUGGACAAUUAUGAACCAUGUAUAUACACUAAACGGGUGUUGGAAGCUGUUAAGGUUCUAAACGAUCAAGUGAUGCCAAAGUUUACGCAGAGAGUUCAAGUAGCAGUUCAAGCAAUUUUGAAUACACAACAAGGACAGCCUUCUAAAGAUUUAGAUGAAAACGAGUUCAUUGACGCUUCUAGAUUAGUCUACGAUGGUGUUCGCGAAAUUCGCAGAGCUGUGCUAAUGAAUAGGGCAGAUGAAGAACUUGACCCUGAUGAUGUCGAGUUUGAUGAUUACACAUUGGAAACUAAAAGCAAAUCGAGUGUGCAUACUGGAGAACAUGGUGUAGAUGAAUAUCCAGAGAUAAGUGGUAUUACAACAGCUAGAGAAGCUAUGGGUAAGAUGACGGAAGAAGAUCGUAAGAAAAUUCUCCAGCAAGUCGAAUAUUUCCGAAGUGAAAAGCUUAAAUUCGAUAGGGAAGUGGCUAAAUGGGAUGAUACAGGGAAUGACAUCAUCGUGUUGGCAAAACACAUGUGCGUAAUUAUGAUGGAAAUGACCGACUUUACAAGAGGUAGAGGUCCCUUAAAAACCACCAUGGAUGUUAUAAACGCGGCUAAAAAAAUUUCUGAGGCUGGUACAAAACUUGACAAAUUGACAAGACAAAUUGCCGAACAAUGCCCAGAGAGUUCAACCAAGAAAGAUUUGUUAGCAUAUCUUCAAAGAAUAGCAUUGUAUUGCCAUCAGAUGAAUAUUACAUCAAAGGUGAAAGCUGAUGUCCAGAAUAUUAGUGGAGAAUUAAUUGUGUCUGGGUUGGAUAGUGCAACUUCUUUAAUACAAGCAGCAAAAAAUUUAAUGAAUGCUGUUGUACUGACCGUUAAAGCAUCAUAUGUAGCUUCUACCAAGUAUCCCAGACAAGGAACUAUAUCGUCUCCAAUAGUGGUAUGGAAAAUGAAAGCUCCUGAGAAAAAACCGUUAGUUAGACCAGAAAAACCGGAGGAAGUUCGCGCCAAAGUCCGCAAAGGCUCGCAGAAAAAACUACAGAACCCAAUACAUGCACUUUCUGAAUUUCAAAGUCCCACUGAAUCCGUGUGAAUGUUGUAAGAUUUAUUCAUAAUUUUUGCUAAUCAUAAUUCCUCUUCUGUAUUAUUAUUUUUAUUAUGGUAUUUUAGUUUUAGCCUUUCUUAAAAGAUUUUUGUACUGUAGUGAUAUAUAAUUUUUAUUUAAAUGUUAUUUAUAUAGCUGUUUUUGGCAUGUUUAUAUUUUGGGGGUAUUUUAAACAAACCAAAAUAAUAAAAUUUACACGAUAAGAAACAUUUUAAGUAAGAUAAUAUGUGCAGUUUGUUUAUCGUUUAGUACUUAUAGUAUGUGCCAAAAAGAUGGAUUCAUAAAGGAAUUUAAGACUACGUAACUUACUCGAUUUUUCAAAUAAAAGCUUUAAAUCUGCAGUUAUUUUGAUUGAUAAUAUGACGCAUGUUCGUCAUUAAAAAAAGUACAGAGAAAUUCGCUUAGUAUUCAGAAAAUACUAGUUAAUGAGAGCGGAGAUAUGUCACUGCCCACUUUGCGUUUACAUAUUUUAACCCUAUGGAUCUAACUUUCUGUGACUUAAUAUGGAACCGCAUUCCGAGUGUUGAUGAAAUACAAUUUUAACAAUAAAUUAAACAUUCAGUA